AUGAACUACUGGCCAACAACGGCACUUUACCUCACGGCAGCAGAAGCAGCAAUAUCCCAGCUAUCCCCACCGCCCCCGCCGGCCGCCGCCGCCGCCGACAGACGGAAAAGCCCCUCGGACGCGCACGACUACCCGCAGGAGCUGGUGACGCCGUCGGAAGUCACCAUCCUGAUCGUAAUCCUCUCCAUCAUCAUCUCCGUCAUCGCCCUCAACUGCGCCAUCCGCUGCUUCCUGAAAGACUUCAGCCGCGACAGCGGCCGGAGGCGGUGGGAAAGGAAGAAGGCCGCGGAGCUGAGCGCCGCGGUAGCGGCGGUGACCUCCACCGUGAAGUAUAAGGGCGGCGGGGACGAGGAGGCGGCGACGUCGGCGUCGGCGGAAUGUGCGAUUUGCUUGGCGGAAUUCGAGGAAGGGGAGGAGAUCAAGGUUGUGGGGAACUGCCGGCACCGGUUCCACGGCCGGUGCAUCGAGCGGUGGUUCGCUACUUCGAGGAAUUCGUUGUGCCCGACCUGUCGCCAGUCGUGCCUGCCUCCGACGACGCAAGUGUCGUCGGUGGCGGCUUCCUCACCCAUCGUCGUCGUUGACGACGAUGGGUGA